AAAAGAAAGUAACAGAGUCUCUCUCUCUAAGCUCAUCUAAUCUCAUCAAAGGUCUCUCCUUCCUCCAUUUCUCUCUCUCGUCUUCUUCUUCUUCGACUUUCUCUCUCUCCUGUACCAGAGAGAAACACAAGGCAAGAUUCGAAACAAGAGAAAACCCAUAUCACCCAUCAAUGGAAAUCUCACCCAGACAUCAAUUAAACCCAAACUCAUCUUAUCCUCCUCUUCCUUCACCAAAUAGCCAUAGCACUACCAGUACCACUAGUUCAAGCAACAGCAAUGGCGUCCAAGCUUCGCCCUCAGCCACAACCACUGCAGCGCCGCCUCUCGCGCCCCAUACUCCAAAACCCAUCACCAGAUCCGAAUCAACUAACCCGUACCCGACCACGUUCGUCCAAGCUGACACCUCCUCCUUCAAGCAAGUGGUCCAAAUGCUGACCGGGUCAACCGAAACCGCCAAGCAAGCCUCUUCGUCUUCGGGUAAACCCUCAUCUGACCCGUCCUCGAGAACCCAUAUACCUCCUGUGAAAUCCACGCCCAAGAAGCAGCAACAAUCCGGGUUUAAGCUCUACGAGCGGAGAAACUCACUCAAAAACCUCAAAAUCAAUCCUCUGAUCCCAAUUUACGGUUCCAACAACUCUGGAUUCUCUCCUCGAAAGCCCGAGAUUCUCUCCCCGAGCAUUCUGGAUUUUCCAUCUCUUGUUCUCAGUCCGGUCACUCCCCUUAUACCCGACCCGUUUGAUCGUUCUGGGUUGGCUAGUUUCGCCUGUUCCAGCAAUGGGAACGCGAGUUUGGACGCCCAAGCCGAGGAGAAAGCCAUUAAAGAGAAAGGGUUUUACUUGCAUCGCUCGCCGGCGACUACUCCGAGAGACCCAGAGCCGAGGCUCUUGCCUUUGUUCCCAACAACAUCGCCUAGAGCUCCAGGUUCUUCUUUGUCUUCUUGAAAUAACAAAUUUUAGUAUGUUUUUAAUUUUUAUUUUUGGUGUAAUUCUAUAUGCUAUUGUUGGCAUUGAUCAUCAUGAUCAUGAUGAAGAGAGAAGGAAGAUAAUAUAUUUGAAAAAAAAGUAUUGCGAUAUUUGCAGAGAAUGAGAUAUCAAUCACUUGCUUUAAAUGUAAAAAUUUGAUGUAUGUUUCUUCUUUGUUAUUAUUAUUGUUAUUAUUUUGUGA